GAGCAGUGCAAGGUUCUUCAAAAACGAAGUGGUCCGAACGAAUUCAUUGACGAAACAGUGUCAAAGCAUCGCAUGUGAAAAUAAUAUACAAACUGGAUUAAGUUAUUAAUCAUAAAGAUGUUACAGUUAAAAUGUUGGACGUCUGCGUUUGGAUCUGUUCGAAGAAUGACAACCGCCAUAGAUAAAUCUUUAUUAAGUAAAUUACGUAAAAAGACUGGCUUUUCAUUCAUCAACUGUAAGAAUGCUUUACUUCAAUUUGAAAACGAUUUAGUCAAGGCUGAAGAAUGGUUGAAAGAACAAGCCCAAAAAGAAGGUUGGGCAAAGGCUACUAAGUUACAGAGUCGUCCAAUGUCACAAGGAUUAGUUGGAUUAAGAACAGAUCCUGAUAAUACAUCGGCUACAUUAAUAGAGGUGAAUUGUGAAACAGAUUUUGUAGCCAGGAACAAGAAGUUUGUAAACCUAGUAACUACUUUAACAACAGUGUGUAAUAAUCAUUUUACUUCAUUCAAUAAUAAAAAGAUAUUACUAGAGAAACAAGAUGUAAAUUCUAUAGUAACAUCAGAUGGUAGAACAAUAGGAGACCUGGUAGCAUAUGAAGUAGGUAAUAUCGGUGAAAAUAUGGCUUUACGUAGAGCAGUUCAUAUGAUGACUUCACCUAAUACUACAAUAAGUACAUAUGUUCAUGUUUCAGGUGAUGAAAUAGAGGUCAGUGAAAACUGUCAACUGGGAAAAUAUGGAACCAUUGUUGAAUUUGAAAGAAUAGAGAAUAAAGAUCAAACUUUGUAUCUUGUAGCGGAUCCUUUUCAUGUUAAACAACAAAUAUGUCAGCAUAUUGUGGGAAUGAAUCCUAAAACGGUAGGAACACAAGAUGAUGAACCAGUAUCUAAUAAAGAUGAGGAAACUAUGUUAUUAUACCAGGAGUUUCUCACUGAUCCAACCAUCUUAGUUAAAGAUGUUUUACAAGAGAACUGUUUAAUAGUUAAAGAUUUUAUUCGGUUUGAAUGUGGUGAAACAUUACCAGGUGAAGAGUUAUAGAACUUGGACAAAUUUUAUAUUUAUUGUAUAGUCAGAAUUUGAGUACAAGUCAAAUAAAUUAAAUAUUUGUCAAGUUGAAUUAUAAAUAUUAAUGGAUGUAAACAGUCUUCUUCUUAAAGAGUUGGAUAGAAAGCUGGUGUCCUCUACAGCAGCAAAGUCUUCUCCUCAAA